AUGAACCAGUUGACUUCAGACACUACUGUGCUCUGCAUUGCUGGUGGGCCAGGGGUGACAUUUGUUCUUCCCGUACUGCUGAAUCUCGUCAAUCCGUCGCCUAUCCCGGAUCGGAAAGUCGACUUCAUUUGGGUCAUUCUGAGGCGAUCCCAUAUCUCUUGGAUCAAGAGGAGCUUGACCAACUGCAUUGAGCUGCAGGCCUUCCACCACCCACAGAUCCUCAUCUCCGUUACGCGGAGGCAUGUGCUGGAGCUCUGUGGAUAUGAUUUCAGUCUGGGCAGUAUCUCGGCUGAUCGAUCGGUGGACGACAUUGUUGAGGAGUUCUCUACACUAGAAUCGACGAGAGCGGAUGAGCUUAACAAGGAAAAGGGCUCUAGGAUUUGCAAUGCAUGCUUCUCGAUGCAUACAAGCACCUCUAUUGGCUCAGCGUCAUACCCAAGCCGUCCUGACUUAGGCGUUCUCGUCAGCGAUUUCGUAGACACGACCGCCCAGGGACCUAAGACCAUCUUCGCCAGCGGACCAGCCGGAACAAUCAUAGACUUGCGCCGUAUCGUCUUAUUGCUCAACUCGGGGGGAGGAAGAUAUGGAAGGGAAAUGAGAAAUUCGAUGUCAAACUCGUUUGCGACGUCCGCAUGGAAUGGUAGAUAA